GACAAUGGUCUGGUCAUAAUUAUUUUAAAUAUAUUAUUUUUUGUAUUAAUCAUGUUCAUCAACGGUCAAUCGAUCAUGUUGCGUCUAAUAAAGUAAUCAUUGGAAAAAAUCAUAAAGCGUGAUAUUGGGCUGUAACAUUAUUUUGAUUAUUUGUCAUAAUUUUUUUGACGACGUGUGCUUGAGGCAUGAGCUGACCCAGCAAAAUACCAAAGAAUUCAACAUUGCCCUCACGUUCAGUAACUAUAACGUUACUUCAUUUAAACGUCCUCAAGACACUUGACUUCAACAUAAUAUUAAUUCCGUAUUACGUAGAACUUAUGCAGUGCGAUAGUUUACAAAGCAUACUGCCUGAUGUACAGGAGUCUUCUGUAAUUUUACAUGUUUGUGUGUUUUUAACGAAAAAGUGGUCGUUAUGGGACGCCACUGUUAUCAGUAGAAAAAUGAAUCCGUGGUUAUUCGUGGUGUUAGUAAUUUUGUUAUGGUGGAUCUGUCGCUGGUGGCAAAAAAGGAGACGAGUUAUUAAAUAUUUUAAAAAAAUACCAGGUCCACCUGGAUUACCGAUUCUUGGCAAUAUUGUAGAACUUAAUGUGGAUCAUGAUGAAUUGUUUCAACGACUUAUGGCUAUGCGAUUUUUAUGGGGUCAUCAAGAGGGGAUCAAUAAAGCAUGGCUUGGUAACCAUCCUUACGUAUUUCUCAGCAAAGCAACUACCGUAGAACCCAUCUUAGGAAGUAAUCGCCAUAUCGACAAGAGCUCUGAUUAUCGAUUCCUUCAGCCGUGGUUAGGAACGGGUCUACUGACAGGUUCUGGAAGAAAAUGGCAUAAUCGAAGGAAGAUACUUACACCCACCUUCCAUUUCAAAAUCCUAGAGGAUUUUGUUGAGAUUUUCGCCGAGCAAACUGAACUGCUCGUUAACAAAGUUUCGUGUGAAAUUGGCCAAGAUUCGUUUAAUAUUUUUCCCUAUGUGACUCUCUGCGCCCUGGAUAUAAUUUGCGAAACCGCCAUGGGUCGUCAAGUGUUUGCCCAAUACGAUAGUGACAGUGACUAUGUGCGCGCUGUGUAUGAAAUUGGAAGUAUCAUUCAAACACGUCAGGCUACUCUCUGGUAUCAUCCGGAUUGUUUGUUUCGAUUAACGUCGCUCUAUAAGAAGCAUCAAGAAUGUAUUCGUAUACUUCAUGGAUUUUCGAAUAAGGUAAUAGCUGAAAGACGUCGUGAAAUCAAACGAACACGGAAUGAGACUGUUUCAGAGGAUGAAGGACGCAAGAGACUGGCUUUUCUAGAUUUACUUAUAGAGGCCUCACAAAAUGGAACUUCUCUUUCUGAUGAAGAUAUACGUGAAGAGGUUGACACCUUUAUGUUUGAGGGACAUGAUACAACUUCCUCCGCCGUUAGCUGGACGCUUUAUCUUCUUGGAUGCCAUCCAAAUAUUCAAAAUGAAGUGGUAGCCGAAUUGGCUGAUAUUUUUGGUGAGAAUGAUAAUGGACGCCGAGCGACUUUGCGUGAUCUGCAAAGUAUGAAGUGCCUUGAAAGAUGUAUUAAAGAGACACUCCGAUUAUAUCCUAGUGUUCCUUUAUUAGCGCGACGAAUCUCAGAGGAUGUUCGCAUAGGAAAGUUUCUUAUUCCUGAAGGAACCACAGCCAUGGUGAUCCUGCCAAUGUUACAUCGCGACCCUGCAGUAUUUCCUAAUCCAGAUAAAUUUGACCCAAAUCGUUUUUUACCAGAAAAUUGCACUGGUCGACAUCCAUACGCUUAUAUACCUUUCAGCGCAGGACCAAGAAAUUGUAUUGGACAAAAGUUUGCACUUUUAGAAGAGAAAGUUAUAAUCUCAGGUGUAUUGCGAAAAUUUAAAAUUGAGGCUGCAGAACGACGGGAGGAAAUAAGCUUGACUGGCGAACUCGUUAUCAGAGCGAAAAAUGGUUUGCAUGUGAGAGUUACACGACGUGAAAGAUAAUUCUAAUUGUACUACAUAUCCUAGUUUUUAUAAUAAAUUAUCUGUUUCUCAUUGUUC